AUGAACGCUUUCGUGCGAGUAUCUGGUCGUCCGAACACAAAUUUCCUCGUUGGUUACCCUGGGAUAUCUGCUACGCUGCCUCGCAUUGAGGGAACCGUCGAAGUCCGUCCCGGCGUCGGGAUAUCCAGUCCCGUCAACAUAUCCAUCGUCACGAUCGCUCUCCAAAGGAGAGAAAGCAUUCAUCCCCAUGCCGACUCCGUCACCAAAAAGCAUCUGGCUGCGCCCAGGAAGGAAUCCACCGAAACCGUGGGGAAAGAGAUGUUAUUGUUCCGAUGCCCAGCCAAUAGAGACUACGAAGAGAUAAUGUAUAUGGACCUGCCUUUUGUGAUAUUCAUUCCGUUUGGUCGGGGCGGACAAGAGACCGCCAGAAGGGUUCCGCCCGCCAGUCUUCAAUUACCCCGACGCACUGCUGAAACGUUCUACGAGAUGGUCGUGACCGUAGGGUAUGGCUCUAACGAUCGAAAACAGUAUACUUUCCCCGUUCCCAUUGCGCGAUACGAUACACUGUCGACUUUCGGCAUGUACAAUCGCCCCGAAUCUGCUGAACGUGUGACGGAUCACUUGGUCACUCUGGGCAUCUCUCUACCAAGAUGGUCCUACGGUCCACUUGACCCAGUCAGCGUUUACAUCAAACUGUCACCAAACCCAGAUUGGCUUUCCAAAGCACGCAAAGUCACCAUACGGAAGAUCGAGAUUGGCGUUGACGAAGAAGUCAUCUACAAUCAUGAAGGGGAUGAGCCUCAGAGAAAGACCAAGAACUUGGUCAAGAAAACCGAAAAUGUUGGCGUAAAGAUGCCUGAAGCCGGCUAUUUCACAAAUUUGGGCCUUGUAUUCCCUGCACAUGAUCUUCGUGAUUCAGAUGGCAUUAUGCCCCGAGGCAAAGCGGCAUUCCCGUCAUACGCUGUAACGGGUUUCACCACGACAGCAGGCUUGUACAAGGUGGAAUAUUACUUGACCAUCAAGGCGUCGAUGAAUGGCGCGAAAGACAUUGUAUUAAAACAACCGAUUGUCGUUUGCCCACUCGACCACGCUGCGUGUAAAGCAGAAAUGGAAGCAAUCGAACAGGCGGCGCGAGACGCAGCGCACGUGAACGCUGACAACCCCCGCCUACCCCUGGCCCGUAUAAUACGGAGUUCGGAUCCGAAUGCCUUGAGCUGCUUGGGAGUAGCAAUCGUAGGCACGGCAAAGAGACCACUGAUCGAUUGA